CCCAAUAGGCCCAUUUCAGUUCACUGCAUCAUUAUCGUCAACAUCUUCUAAAAUCUACAACUCUAAGCUAAACCCUCUCUGAACCCCAUUUCACUGUUCAUCGCACUUCUCGCCGUUAAACCUCCAUUUUCGCCGUCAACCGCCGUCGACUUCCUUCUUCUUCAUCUCCAUCAAAUUCGACCGUGAUUUAUAGUCUAUCUUCCUCUCACACUCAACCAUGGCUCUCUCUAAAGCAACAUUUCUCACCCACCUGAAAACCCUUGCACAUCCACACCUCCGAAUCCGACCACCUUAUUCACUCUGUCCACGCUUCCUCUCCUUCGCCUCACCAGAAGAAGCCGCCGCCGAACGCCGCCGCCGCAAGCGACAACUCCGCAUCGAACCCCCUCUCUCUGCCCUUAACCGCAAUCAACAACAAUCACCCAAUCCAAACCCUAAAUCACAAUCCCCACCCUACUAUCUCAACCCCACUGACCCUAAACUCCCCGAACACGCUUCUGCGUUAACCGGUAACCGUGUCAACCUUCACAACACUAUUCUAACCCUAAUCCGCCAAAAUGAUCUCGAUGAAGCCGCACUGUACACGCGCCACUCCAUUUAUUCCAAUUGCCGCCCAACCAUCUUCACCAUCAACGCUGUCCUCUUCGCCCUCUUCCGUCAGUCUCGCUAUUCCGAUCUUCUAUCCCUCCACCGUUUCAUUACACAAGCUGGUGUAGUUCCUAAUAUCAUUACUUACAAUCUUAUCUUUCAGACUUAUCUCGAUUGUCGCAAGCCUGAUACUGCUCUUGAGAAUUUCAAGCAGUUCAUCAAGGAUGCUCCUUUUAACCCUUCGCCUACCACUUUCCGCAUUCUUAUUAAGGGUUUGGUUGAUAACAAUAGGCUUGAUCGUGCUAUGGAUAUUAAGGAUCAAAUGAAUGCUUCGGGUUUUGCACCUGACCCUCUGGUUUAUCAUUAUUUGAUGUUGGGUCAUGCUAGGAGUUCUGAUGGGGAUGGUGUCUUAAGGGUUUAUGAAGAGUUGAAAGAGAAGUUGGGUGGGGUUGUGGAAGAUGGGGUUGUUUUGGGGUGUUUGAUGAAGGGGUAUUUUCUCAAGGGGAUGGAGAAGGAAGCUAUGGAGUGUUAUCAAGAGGUUUUUGUAGAGGGAAAGAAGAUGAGUGACAUUGCUUAUAAUUCGGUGCUUGAUGCUCUUGCCAAGAAUGGGAAAUUUGAUGAGGCAAUGAGGCUCUUUGAUAGGAUGAUCAAGGAGCAUAAUCCUCCUGCUAAGUUGGCUGUUAAUUUGGGAAGCUUUAAUGUCAUGGUGGAUGGUUAUUGUGCUGAGGGAAAAUUCAAGGAGGCGAUUGAGGUUUUCAGGAGCAUGGGUGAGUCUCGUUGUAAGCCUGAUACGUUGUCAUUUAAUAACUUGAUUGAGCAGUUGUGUAAUAAUGGGAUGAUUUUGGAAGCUGAGGAGGUUUAUGGAGAAAUGGAGGGCAAAGGAGUAAACCCUGAUGAGUAUACAUAUGGCUUGUUGAUGGAUACUUGUUUCAAAGAGAACAGGCCUGAUGACGCUGCUAGCUAUUUCAAAAAAAUGGUGGAAUCGGGUUUGAGGCCUAACUUGGCUGUUUACAAUAGGUUGGUUGAUGGGUUGGUUAAAGUUGGGAAGAUUGAUGAUGCUAAGUUUUUCUUUGACCUAAUGGUGAAGAAGCUCAAGAUGGAUGUUGCUAGCUAUCAAUUCAUGAUGAAGGUGUUGAGCGAGGCAGGAAGGUUGGAUGAUGUGCUUCAGAUUGUAAAUAUGUUGUUGGAUGACAAUGGUGUCGACUUUGAUGAGGAAUUCCAAGAGUUCGUUAAGGUGGAGUUGAGAAAAGAAGGGAGAGAAGAGGACUUGGCCAAACUGAUGGAGGAGAAGGAAAGAUUGAAAGCUGAAGCCAAGGCUAAGGAAGCUGAGGCAGCAGAAGCUGCUAGAAAUAAAAAAGGAUCUGGAAUUUUAAUAACCAAGAUGUUAGGUUUAAAGGAAACAGAGUCAGAGAACACUGAUGCCACUACUACUGAGUCAGAGUUGGCAGAGAAAAUCAAUGAAGCUGAUGGUUCGGACGAAGGAGAGGCUAAAAGUGAUAGAGCAAGUGAACAACUAACAGCUUGAAGGUGCCAAUUCUUGUUGCUUUGACGAGGACGUAUAAUUAUUAAUGAUGCUUUAAAGAGGAUUUUAAAGCCCGAGUUUCUUUCUCAAAAUAGUACAUGUAGUUAUGUUUGUUAAAACAGAUUGUGCAAUUUAUGAUUUUCCCCAUUUUAUGAUAUCUUAUUGGGUAUUGCUCUAUUCCAACCCCCUUCAGAAUCUUGGAUACGGUAGUAGAAGCGUUUGAGUUAUUUAUCUCAUACAGAUUUUGACAAGUAUUAUUUAUUAGUGAAUUGCAAUUGUUAGGCUUUGGCUGUGUUUCAUUUUGGAUAUUUUGUUGGUGAACUGCUGCUUGAUUAUCAAAUUCUGUAUUUUGUUCUGUA